AAAAUUUUCAACACUGCACCAACAGCACUUUAUAUCUAUUGCGUGGGCAGAAGACGGCAUUCUUACGUGCCAUGAAACUCAAGGACAACAUCGGUGCGUUUACCUCAGAAAUAUUCUAGUUUAUAUUUCACACCUCGACUGGGUGCGCCGCCUUGAAUAAUUCACCGAUAAUUUAAAAAUAAUUACACGGCAGAAGUGCAGUAGUAUCGCGCCGCUGCAACCGAUGGCAAUCGGAAUAUAUCCACCGCGUCUGGGAGCGGGAUGCACGUCGAACGCUCCUUGAGGUGGAAGUGUUGAAAAGUGUGCGUGAAUGCAUGGAAUUGUGGUCAGGCCAGUCCUGCGUGGUUUCUAGUAGCGGUUACUCAAUGGAGGCGAUGUCGGCGAAGAAUUGAAAACAUAGACGUAAAUCAUAAGUGUCGCAGUUGAAAUCGUCCAAGCAACAACACGUCGAUGGCAUCCCAAGUAGCAUAUGGUCAACUCGUAUUUGAUUUCAGAUAAUUGAAGAUAGAUGAGAAAAGCAUGUUUUAAUUGCCAUAGUCUACAGCGAUAUGCCAACCACGGUAUGAACUGUUUGGAAAAUAUUUUUAAUCGGAUAGUGAGAUACGAAGAUUAGGUUUUAAUUGACUUUUGGUCAACGGAAAAUAUUCAGUAGAAGCCUCAAAAUCUUUAUUAUAAGAUCUUGUCUAUCCUAUAACAUUAAAAAUGGUGAGUGAUAACUAAAAGAUGUCUCCUUAUUCGUCCGACUUUGUAUUGAACUUAUUUUCGAGGACAUCAGUGGUCAUCAGGAUCGGCGGUCGCCCAUCGCGUCAAGUUACGAUUGACAUAGAUUCAACUUCAAGCUUAUUGGCCGUCAUUAACAAAUCCAGGAUUGAUACGUCUAGUCGUCUUUUGGCCAUUUUGAAUAACUUUUGUACGAACGUGAACAGGAGAAAAAAAAAAUUAUGUAAACGUAUUCACAAAACUGGAAUGAGUUCCAGCUAUCCGAAGAUGAAACCACCGUUUGGUACCUGCCGAAGUUUCACCAGAGAUAUGAAGAGCGUCAGGUCGCUUGAAAUGGACCAAAAACAGUGCACCGAAACCUCUUCUAUCCCCCUGACAAGGGUGUACGCAAGAAGAUGGCUGAUGCUUACCAUUUUCAUUUUCUACGCAAUCGCAGGCAUCGGACAAUGGUUGCAGUACAGUAUCAUAAGCAACAUCAUUGAAAGAUACUACGACGUAUCGCUCGAGGCCGUGAACUGGACUUCCCUGGUAUUUCUGGUGAUUUACAUUCCUAUGGUAUUUCCCGCAUCGUAUCUCAUAGAUCGAUUGGGCUUGCACUGGACCGCGAUCGUCGGAUGUGCUAUUAUCACUCUCGGCAGCUGGAUCAAAGUAUUUUCAGCCUCACCUGACAGAUUCUACGUCACCUUCAUAGGCCAAGCCGUGAUAUCUAGUGCCCAGGUGUUCGUGAUAAGCGUCCCUGGCCGUCUUGCCGCUAACUGGUUUGGACCCCGUGAGAUUUCAACAGCCACGGCAAUUGGGCUUUUUGGCUGUCAACUAGCAUUAGCAACUAAUUUCCUCCUGCCACCAAACAUCGUCAGGAAUCAUGAGAAGUUAGAAAAUAUUGGAAAUGAUCUGUUUGUACUCUACUUGACUACCGCUAUCUUCGCAUCGUUGGUCACCGCUGCUGUACUUGUCUUUUUUCGGUCAGAUCCUCCGCUACCACCGAGCGAAACCCGGAGGCUGCAAAAACUGCACAAGACAGAAAGUACAGAAGGAUUCUUAACACUGACAAGACGGCUGCUGACAAAUCGGAGCUAUAUCGCUCUCUGGCAUGCCUUCGGUGUUACUAUAGGCGUUUUCAACGCUCUUAGUACACUGUUGAACGAAAUGUACCUCCGGCGAUUCAAGGACGGGGAAGUCGAAGUUGGACAAAUCGGGGUGAUUAUGACAGUUUUAGGUAUGGUUGGCUCCAUCGUCGCGGGUGUCGUACUUGACAAGACACACAAGUUCAAACUGAUGAUAAGUUUAGUCUGUGCACUAUCGUGGAUCGGACUUAUGCUCGUAGGAAUCGGCUUGCUGGUCGAGUACAAAUGGAUCAUUUACCUUGGAGCAAUCGUGUUCGGGUUUUUCAAUGGUGGCUACAGCACACUUGGGUUUGAAGUUUGUGCGGAAUUCACGUACCCGGAUCCAGAAGGCGUGACUACUGCUUAUUUGACUGUCGCCCACCAAUCGUACGGUGCAGCGAUGAUACUUAUUUUCGGAAAGGUGAUGGAGACUUGUAGCGAUCUAUGGGUCCACAUAGGGUUUGGAGUCAUCGGCUUUACGGGCUUAAUAGCUCACAUAUUUACGAAAGACUUGCAAAGGCGACAAAAUGCGAAAGAAAUCGCUUGUCGCAACAAAGUACAGUUGAAAGAAGACCCGAAUCCACAAGGCGUGGAUAGAACUCCUCGGAGUUAGAAAUCUUAUUUUCCGUAACAGCUCGACCAUCGAAUUAUGCAAGAUUUUCAGAUCACAGAUACGAUAAUUUGUCGCCAAGCAGAACACGUUAAAUCCAUUCGAGAAACUUAUUCUGGUUUAUUCCAAAAGCAUUUGACAUCACGUGAUAGAACCGGCUAGUAUAAUUGGUUCGAGUGAAAUUCGCGUGCCAACAAAAAAUGCCCGCAGAAUUUUUUUCAAAAAACAGUUAAAACCUAUAAAUUGUAUCAAAAUCUGCUUCUGAUAUAAUUGACAUAACGCUGUGUGUCGUAAUAAUCGAUCAACAACGGAACAAAAAGAAAAGCUGUAUUUUUCGGAAAAGAGCUGUGAAUAAUUGAAAAAAUACGAUUGAACAAAAAUGUUUCACGUCUUAUUUCAAUUUUAGUUUUAGAAAUUACAAAUAUUUUCACCAGAUGCAUCCGACCUAGUGAGACUAAUCUACGUUCUUAUAUUAUAAGUAAAUCGAUGCAUAGAUCACUUUGAUUCUUUCGAUACACAUAUAUUUCUAAAUCACACACAUGUUAAAAAAGAAUAGAUCAUACAUUAGCAGCACGAAGUUUCAACCACACUUGUUAAUGUUGUAAAAUGGAAAUGUUUUUUUCUUGAGAUCAAAGUCUUUCGACAAUA